CUGAAAUCAGUUCCUAAGCACAAGUCACACAGCAACGGUUAUCGCCACCACGCCAAAGCAAAGUCAAGCGCGACAGACGACGGUCGUUCACACCACCAUCAGCCAGACACAUCUCUCUGUUCAGUUCACUCGAACAGUUAAAACGACGGCACAUCACAUUGUCACACAACCACAACGCCAUGGCGGAACUGGAGCCAAAGCGUGCGCGCUUGGAAGAAGAGGCAGAGGACAAGCAUGCUGCGUCUUCAAGCUCACCGACGGGGUCUGAUGCUCCGGCAAAGGCGGAGGAUAAGAAGCUGGAGCCAUCACCCGACACCAGCACCGCUAGCGAUGCAGAAGCAGAGACCAAACAAAAGCAGGCAGAACCAGCAACGACAGAGCCAGCGAAACUGGAAGCGACAGAGGCGGAGAAGAGAAAGGUGCUGCUGAAGAAGCUCAACACGCUGCUGUUGGACGACAGGAAGUUCCCCAAGGCAGCGCCGGUGCUGUGCAAACUCAUGGAGACAGACCUGCGCAGGGACACGAGCGAGGAGUUCUUUCCGCUGCUGCAGAAGCUGGACGCGCUGGCGUCCCGCCGCCAGGGCAACCCGGCCAGCAUGGCGGCGUAUCGCGACAUCUUCUCACUCGCGCACCGCAACAUGGACGCUUUCUCUGACAAGCACACGUUCCAGCUGCGCACGAUGGUGCUGUACCACGUGACGUGCCACCGCCUCAACACAGACGACACGUACCAGUUUGCGCAGGCGGCCAAGGUGGCGCACGAGGCCAUUGAGCAGCUGGACACGGCCUUCCCCAAGCAGAGCGACAUCCUCCUGGGCAUGGAGAUCACCCAGUAUGUGCCGACAGACGCCGAGAAGCGUGAGCGGCUGGACGCCAUUGUCAGGGUGCUCUCCACGCUCUUCCAGCACCGCAAGAAGCAGUGGGCGAAGACGAGCGUGGAUCUGGCGUUCAAGCUGGCGGGGGACCGUCGCCUCAUCUUUGACCAAGUCAACCGCGAGAGAAUUGACGACAUGUACGACAGCAUCAAGGAGCUGCGCUCGGCAAGCACGCUCGGCACCAAGCGCUCGGCAAACCCACGCGGCAUGUUCAAGUCGUGGGCAGCAUGACCAUGAUGAUGAUGAUGAUGAACGAAUGAUGAUGAUGAUGGUGAUGAUGGUGAUGAUGACUAUGUCAAUAGUGGUGUAUGUGUGUGUGUGUGUGUGUGUGUGUG